GUUUACGAAUUAUUUUCUGGGAAGCUUUGACGUCUGAUCUUCUGCGCCGCCAAAGAUUCGAACACCUUUCACAACGACCUUGGAAAUCAAGCGAAAUGGCGAAAAGCAAGCUCAAGGCCGCGCUCGACAACUACCAGGGCCGGAACAUCAAGCUCGAGAAGCAGCGCAAGCACGAGAAGCAGGCGCACAAACAGAAGGAAAAGCGACAAGCCGAGAAGGCGGAGGAGAAUGGCGAGGAGGAUACUGAAGAGGGAGGCGUGCCUGUGCCCCUAGAUGAGGUAGAGGUCAAGGUCAAUGGCAAGACGAAAAAGUCGAAGAAGGACAAAAAGACCGACGCAAAGCCUGCAAAGGCUGCGCCAGCAGUCAAGGAGCCUGAAUGGGAGACGGAUGAGGAAGACGAUGACGACGCGAGUGACGACGACGAUGAUGCGCCCGAGCGACCGGCGAUCGACCUCUCUCACCUGGACGACAGCGAGAGUGACAUCAGCUCCGACGAAGAAGAGUUGCAGGCUGAGGAUGCCGCAGCCGAGGCCGAGGAGGCUGAAGACGAUGACGAGGAAGAUGAGGAGGAUGAGGAUGAGGACGACAUUGCACUCUCUGAUCUCGACUCUGUCGCCUCAGAGGACAAGGGUGACAUUAUCCCCCACCAGCGCCUCACCAUCAACAACACGGCCGCCCUCACCGCCGCCUUGACUCGCAUACAACUGCCUUACUCCAAACUUGCUUUCUCCGAGUACCAGGCCGUUACCACGGAUGAGCCUGUCGAGAUCGCCGACGUCGAAGAUGACCUCAACCGUGAGCUCGCGUUCUACAAGCAAUGCCUGUCUGGUGUCAAGGAUGCGCGGAAGAAGUUGAAGAAGGAGGGUGUGGCAUUCUCUCGACCAGCAGACUACUUUGCCGAGAUGGUCAAGAGCGAUGAGCACAUGGGCAAGAUCAAGCAAAAGCUGAUUGAUGCCGCUGCUGGCAAGAAGGCCGCUGCUGAGGCACGUAAGCAGAGAGACUUGAAGAAGUUUGGCAAGCAGGUCCAGGUCGCGAAGCUGCAGGAGCGCGCCAAGGAGAAGAAGGACACAAUUGAGAAGAUUCAGACUCUCAAGAGGAAGCGACAAGGUGCCGAUAUCACAGCUACGAAUGAGGAAGACCUCUUCGAUGUCGCCGCCACCGCCGAGGACCCCAAAGACAAACGCGGUCGUGGAGCUGACGGCAAGGCCUUCAACAAGCGCGCAAAGAAGGACUCCAAGUACGGUUUCGGCGGCAAGAAGCGUCACGCGAAGAGCAACACUGCGGAGUCCAGUGCAGAUGGAAGCGGCUUCUCAGCUCGCAGGAUGAAGGGAAAGCCCAGCGGCGGUGCGAGCAAACGACCCGGCAAGGACAAGAGGGCGAAGAGACAUUAGGUGAUGUAGUCAUAUGGAAGGCUAAGUGACGUGUUCAGGUCGCUUUCUGCAUGCGUAUGGCGCUCUGGCGUUCAGGGACUGAGUAUAAAAGCCAACAUGUAUUCUAUGAGGCGGAUUGUCUUUAUUUCAAUAGGAGAUACCAAUGCACAACCGUACGAU